AAAUCCCAGAAGUGGGAUGAAAUGAACAUCAUAGCUACGUACCACCCAGCAGGCAAAGACUAUGGCUUGAUGAAAAUAGAUGAGCCAAGUACUCCUUAUCACAGCAUGGUAGGAGAAAAUGACGAGGAUGCAGUGAGUGAUUCAGAAUCAAAUGAGCCCUUAAAAGCAGAUGUGCUGAGUAAAAAACUGGCAGCUGCAGCUGAAGGUAAAGGACCUAAGAUUAUAGCAAAGCAAGAGGAAAGCAGUGAGGAGGACGAAGAGGAUGAAGAAUUAACACCUGAAGAACGAGAGAAAAAGAAACAGUUUGAAAUGAAGAGAAAAAUGCACUACAAUGAAGGACGAAACAUCAAACUGGCAAGACAGCUGAUUGCAAAAGAGCUACACGGUGAAGAAGAGGACGAUGAUGAGGAUGAAGAGAUGCAUGAUGCUGCAGAUGUAGAAACAAUAAAUGCAGAAGCUACCGAACAUGGGGAAAGGAGGGCUCCGAUAGGCAACCUUAUGGCCUUUCUCCAUGGCGUGAAGCUGCCAUCUCUCUGCACUCUGCUGUAAAACAGAGGCAACUCCGCUCCCCAGCUGCAUUCUCCAGUGGAAAGAAGGCACACCUUUGCAGCAUUUUUCCAUCUCUGUUGUUGAAGUCCAUUCCACCUUGCCUCAUAACCAGCUUCACAGCCACAACUGACUGAGAUUUCUUGCUGAUUGAAAUGAAGAUGGCCAGUCCAGUGAUGCACAUGCUACUCGUGACCAGCUGGAAAGUAGAGCACACAGCAUAGAAGAAAUCUGUCCAGAACUGUAAAGUGCUUGUCAGAGACACAAAUGUAAACAUCGCUUCAUGAUUUUUGCGAUUAAGGCUCUUAAAUAUUGAGAAGCAUAUCAGUUACAUUGUUGUAUUGCCAAGAAUGUUAAUUUUAGAUUUGUCCAUUAGGCAGAAAAACCUGUCUAAUUGAUUUUUUUUUUUUUCUUGUGCCUAGUAUUUCAUGGAAAAUACUGCUUCAUAAUCUGUUCAACCAGAGUGGCAUUCCCUGUAUGUAUAACGCUGACGAUCUUGCGUAAUGUACUGUUACUCUUCACGCUUUGAAACAGACAGCAUCUUUUGGUUUUUCACUAUUUAUUUGACGGUGUUCUAGGUGUGGUAUCUCUUAUGGAAAGGUUUGGAAUUCAAGAGCCAAACGGUACAGCAUGUAUCAGAUUGACAUGCAAGCUAUUUGUCAGAUGUGUUAAGCAGUUUAAAAAGGGAUUAUUUAAGUCUCACGACUUUUUUGUAAAACGUUGACCUGUUAAUCUAGAUUUCAGUAUGUUAUUAACUGUACUUUCCCAGUCUUUACAAGAACUGUGUUAUUUUUUGAGUGGUGUUUGGAAUCAGUUGUUAGUUUCUGGCUAAGGCAGUACUGGUGGAGGGAAUGUUUUUACACUGGAAAUGUGUGAACUUGAACUUUGCAUUUAAUUGUCAUUAUCUCUUCCAUUGGGACUGGAUGUUUUGUGGAGCUCUCUUUGGCUUAUCGUGAGAAGGUGGAAGUUCCCUCCAACUUUUCUCUUGAAACCACAUCCACUGUCACUUUCCUGGCUUGUUGCAAACUUUUGGUCCUUUCCAGUUGCAUGAAGAGUGCUUGUGCUACUGGCACCUGAGGAAAAACACCCAGCCACGAGGAAAUCCGUGUCAGGACUGUGAAGAUGAGCUGCAUUUAGGCUCUGACUGUUCUUUAUAUAAAGAUGAUUUCCUGAGCAUCUGCUGGUGGUCUCCUACUCAUUUGGGGUUGGUAACUUCCAUACUGAAAACCACUGGUCUAAAUCUUCCUGUAUCCAUUGCAACUUAGAGCAGCUGCUUUUGUAAAAUGAAGGCUGUUUGGAAGAAUCGAAGGGAAACUGCCGAAUUCAAAUACCUGUUUACAGUGUGGUUGUACAGCCCUGUAAAAGGGGGGAUCCUGAACCUCCAGAUUGCUGUAAACAACUUCCCACUCGGUGGAAUUUGACUGGUGAAUGUUCCAGUAUUCACAGUAGUUCUUAGGUUUUAUUACACAAAUGAAGUAUACCCUUAAGCUUUAGCUUGGUUAUGGAAUAGAGUGUAUAUCUUAAUUUGGAUCUGAAUUUGAUAUGUGGCAAAAAUCCAUAUGAUUAUAUGGAUCUAUUUUAAAAUGUCUUUUUGUCCACUGUAUAUGUGAAGUUUGAAUAAAGGAAUCGAAGUUAUUUUACAGCUA